CAUCUAUCUCUCUAUCUCUAGUUAUGGAAGAGCCAAACAGAGAUACGCUAGUGGCAGGGACGAUGAUAAACUCACCCCUCCUCUUCAUCUUGCUUCUGCUGCUGAAGCUGGUGCCUUGGUCUGCCUAUCCACAAAUCCUAUUUGGCUUGUCAAAACGAGAUUACAGCUUCAGACACCUCUUCAUCAAACUCCACCAUACUCUGGCCUAUUGGAUGCCUUUAGAACUAUAAUGAAAGAGGAAGGACCCUGGGCGUUCUACAAGGGUAUUGUCCCUGCUCUUCUACUGGUUAGUUUACUAUCAUCCUUUGUUUUCUUUAGAACUCGAGAGACUAUGCUGCACUUGGGGGCUCCUCCAAAGUCGCUGCAGUUCUUCUUACAUAUCCAUUUCAGGUUAUUCGAGCAAGAUUACAGACCUAGUCCCAACGGAAUGCCAAGAUAUAUAGACAGCUUACAUGUCAUAAGAGAAACCGCCAGAUUCGAGGGUCUCAGAGGUUUCUACAAGGGUUUAACUGCUAAUCUUUUGAAAACUGUGCCUGCUUCUUCCAUCACUUUCAUUGUUUAUGAAAACGUUCUGAAACGCCUAAAACAACCUCCAACCAAAUAGUAGGAUCUCAGGUUUUACACUAAUAGGGUCAUUCAUCCAACUUUCUCCAAGAACCAAGAGGAGAAAACCAAAGGAUUCCUUUUGUUUUUUUUUGUACUUGCUAUUCUUUCAUUGCCGUUUGAACCAUUCGCUAAUAAAGCACACAAAAUAUGC